AUGAUCAAUCUUUCAGCUAAUAACGAAUCAUUACGUUCGGUGAAAUCGAACGAACAACGUUUGAAAUCACUUGAAGAAUAUGAGCGAGAAAAGCAGAAGAAGAAACGUUUGAUCAAAGAAUCAUUAACUCAACAGCAAAACAAAACACAUUUUAAAUUCGAUUCGGAUGAUGAUGAUGCAGCUCAGCCACAACCGAAGAAAUUUGUUGAGAAAAAAAUACAAUUAUUUGAUGAUAAUGAUCCACCCAACAUCGAAGAACAUUUUGCUAAGAAGAAAAUUCCGAAGAAAAGAAAGAAAUUGCAAGAUCUUCAAGCACGUUUGACCACAACAAAUGAUCCUCGUUUUCAAUUUUCGGAAAAAUUUCUCGAUGACAAAGACCGCACAGCUAACGAUGAUGACGACGACGGCGAAGACGAAACUGCUGAUCCAAAUAAAGAGAUUUCAUUUGAAGAAGAAAGGAAAAAGUCGCUCGCAAUUCUUGAUCAAAUAGCCGGUACGAAAAAGCCGGUCGUAAAACCCACAAGUAAAAUGAUUCGGUUUGAUCCAAGUAAAACCGAACAUCGAAUUUAUGAACUCGAGUCUCAAAGUAAACUCGAUGACAACCAGUUCGAUUCAUGGGAAGAUGAUCAAUCCAAAUCAAAAGCAAAGCAAAUAACACCUGCUGUUGAUUCAUCAAGAGUUUAUAAUUUUGAUCAAACAAAACUAAAAUCAAUGUUUGAUAAAACAUUGAAUCCAACGAGUACCUCGAAUGGUAACAGUUCAUUUCAAUUUCAAUUUUUCGUCAAUAAAGAACCAGUGAAUUUACCUACGCCAAAAGCACCCACAACGUUAACUAAACCGAUAUCUAAUGGAAAAGCAAAAGCGUUUUUGAGUAAACCUGAUGAUACAUCAAGCGAUGAAGAUAAUCAUGAGAAAGAAUCAUCAGCCGAAGAAACUCAAACGAAAGAUGAAGUCGUCAAUAAUACAUUUUUCUUCUUCGACAUCGAUAGUCGAUUGAAAGAUGGAUUGGAGAGUUUCGUGCGUACAGAAGAUUUAAAUGAAUUGGAACGAUCAUGGCCAACCAAACGAAAAGAAAUCGCUGAAGCACUUCGAACGAAACAUCGCAAAGCGAUUCAACGUAAGGACAAACACCGAGUGUUCAACCAUCGUCAUCGACAUCGACAGCAAGCAGCGCCUAAAUCUGAAGUUGAUUGA